CGCCAAUUUAUACCAGCCCAAAUGCCAAUAGAAUUUCAACUUAGAGACACUUCGCCAUUUUUCUACAGCUUCUCGAAAUAGACGUCGAUCGAAGGCGCAGUUGCGACCAAUACACUAAACGCCAGCUAGAUAUCGGCUUGCGUUUUCGACACUUAGGUUUAUUUUGGAAAUCCCAGAAAUAGACGAUGGUUGAAAGAACGAUUGCAGCUAUUCCCCCGAGUCUCGACAUGACCUCAAGUGGUAGCCUUGAAGACUUUGAAUUAAUUUUACAUAUCCCAGAAAUAGAUAUCCAUUUCAAGUAUUCUUGUCGUUCCCAUCAGUAUAUCUACUCCCUUCCCUUAGGACUCUGUGGUUUCCUAGAUUCACCCUCACACCACAGGCUAAAUGAGCACUUCUUCCUCUCGCCAUGAGUCCACAGCUUCGCAUCCAGGCAUCCCAGUGCUUCUCCCCAAACAACAAAACAAGGUUCCGGAAUCUCAUCCACUCGUCUGAGCCACCGACGUCCCCGCUACUAAAAGGAACCAAGUGCGACGCAGUUGAGAUUGACGGACAGCCAUGCAGCACCGUACUUGAGAGUGAAGGACAAGCAUGGUGCAUGAGACAUUUCAACGAGAUGAAGUCGUUGAAUACCGACUGGAAACAAGCUCAACAAGAAGCCGUCUUCGUUCAAAGCUUGCUCACUCCAGAUGUAGCUAAGAUAAAAAUCUACAAGCUGUGUCAAGCUCUUGAGCUCCGGAAACAAAUCAGUCGCCGAUUCUACAAACGAGGAGGAGAUACUGCUGACCAUAUCCAAUGGAUUGUGGAACUGGAACGGGAUGUUCGGGGUAUGGCUGACCGCAAGAUGGUUUCAACACUCUCUGUGCACAGGCCAACGGUCAACUCGAUCUCUCCGUGCAGCGGUCUUGAUGUACCUAUUACCGUUCAUCAAUCCCCUUUAGACCCUCGAGUCCCCAUCGCCGAGCUUCAACAUAUUCCUGAUGACGGGACAAUCCUCAUCUUCAAGCAGUUCUCUGCCAAUCUUUGCGCUGAUGCUAUCCGGCGACUUUACACCAGAAUUCUCGAUGGUGGAACCGACAUCUUACGCGCCUGGUUUAGGGUCUUCGUCCUGCACGAGAGCGAGCCCGAUGUUCUUGAGCAUGCAACACAAGCUGCAACCAUCGACGAGUUUCUGAAAGGCCGACAUGCUAGCGAGGUAGAAACUUAUAUCGAUUUCUUCGAAAAGGCUUGGCGUCCGCAUGCCCUCCAGUAUCUCAGAGUUGCAACAUGUGCGCAGACGCUUGCAGCUAGGGACGUGAGAACCAUUCGGAUCCUGGGCGGCAUUAUCCCGUGUAGCACUGAAGGGCUCAGGAUGAUCAAGCCUUGCUGGGAUAUGCUACAUCGUUGGCUGCCGCAAGUGCUCACCCCUUGGACGUUUGGGAGCAUCUGCCAGAACUUUGACGACUAUACAACGAUCUGCAAGUUGUCGAUGAUUGGGCUCUAUCGUGAAAAUUGGUACGACCCCGACAUCCCGCUACUCGAUUGCACAACUGGUGUCUAUUUCGGCUUCAUUCCUUCAAGCAAAGGCCUCCUUUCAUCGUCCGCCGAACAGACUGACGAUUCGUUUGUCGAGGUGGAAAGUCGAAACUAUGUCACGGGCCAAAUGGCUAUUGGCGAUCUGUUGGCCGAGGCACUCCUGGAUGAGUUGCGAAAACGUACGGAACGUCUAGUUCUUGUCGCCUACGAGGGAGUCGACGCCGAUCCCACGAUAUAUCCAGCCGACGAUGAUUUAUUCAUCACGCGCAAGUGCUCCGCCAAAACCAAGGAGAUGAUCGAUGCUGCAAAGUGGACUACUGAAGUCGCUCUGGAAGAUAUCAAAAACGACCUUCGCUUGCGGAAAACGUCAACGUACGACCCUAUUGUGGUCGAAUCUUGGCAAAUAGUCAUCAUCGAUAAGACACCUGGUCUAUCGUUCUCGCUCUUCGACAUUGUAGAUGAUGCUCUGCUAAUGCUCACGGGCGAUCCGUCCCCCAGGGAGGUGGCGAAGCAAGUCAUCCGAGAUGUGAUUCCUCCUGCGGUUCAGCAGAUUUUCCUGGACCAGAUAACGUGGCAAGACACACCCGACAUCAGGUAUCCGCCACCUGAAUGUGUCAAGUACGAAGGCAGUAGGGUUAGAUGCUGGGAUCUAGACCAAGGACUACUAGCCAGUCGUCGUGAGACUGGAGGCUUUGGCUUUCGGGACGAAAAUCGCUUCAUCAUGACCGUCGUGGAUGAAAUGGAGCGCAACGGGCUCAUUCGUCUCGUUAAAGAGUACAAAGCUCCUCAGACACGUCCUGUGGUCCUUCAAGGUGUAGAUGGGGCCCUCGACCUAUACUUUCCCUACGAUUUUGGAGCGGAUACAGAUCUGAUGCAGCUUACCUCGUCGCUCCGAGUACUACCGCCACCCAACUGCCUUCUGGAAUUCGCAAACUCAUUCAAGGAAAAGCACCCCAAUGCUGUUGUGGCCAAAGGCUCCGUCCAGACGAACUACUGCGCAUGGCCGAUGCCCGCGGUGGGCCGGCUGGGAAAGGGCGGGCUGAACUUUGCGACUUGGGAAGGUCACAUCUACCAAUGGAAUGUCAUGCCGUUUGAUAGACCAUGGUCUGAACGGGCAUGGCAGUACUGCCUCGAUCAUUACAUGAACUCGCAGUACCCGUUUGUAAUGUUCUACUUGACAACGUUCGUCAUAUGCGCGGAGAAUGAGACUAAGGUCGAAGAAGUAAUGGCAGCUGUUCUCAACGAAGCUGAGCAGCACGAUUGGAAGGUGAUUAUUCCUCCGUGCAUGGACUUCGAAAAUUGAAAGCUUGGUUACGUUUUUAGGUGCUAGUUCGCUCCUUCGCUUCUAAUCUACUUAUAAUGUUGUUGAGUCGAGUUUAUGAACAUGUAUUGAAACUCUUUAGCAGCU